ACUUUUUCCUGACCUGCACUUGUGAAUACGACGAUACUUUAUGAUAAAACAUAUUGUGUUUGAUUAUUUAUGUGUGUUUCACGGCUUGUAGUUUAGUAACAUGCACGACUACUAUAGAUUUACUGAUGCUAGCUCCUCGCUAGCUCACUAAAACAAUUAUCCAUCAGUGAGCCAAUGUGUGUUUAUGUAAAACUGUGCAUUAAUUUGUUCACUGAACUCAUAUAAACGAUCAGUUUUGUUCUGUAAAAGACAAACAUGACUCGACACGGGAAAAACUGCACAGCAGGAGCCGUUUACACUUAUCAUGAGAAGAGGAAAGACACCGCCGCUUCGGGUUAUGGGACACAGAGUGUGCGUUUGGGGAAGGAUGCGAUCAAAGAUUUCGACUGCUGCUGUCUCUCCUUACAGCCUUGCAGGGACCCUGUUGUAACUGAAGAUGGAUACCUAUAUGAGAAAGAAGCCAUUCUGCAAUACAUCCUUCACCAGAAAACAGAAAUUGCCAAGAAAAUGAAGGCAUAUGAGAAGCAGAAACAGGCUCUGAAGAGUGAAGGCCAGCUGGAGUCCAAGUCUGAGGAGCGAGAGAGAGCUGAGAAGUUCAAACAGAGGGAGAACAACAUCGUCUCAAAGCCUAUCAACCCCUUCACUUCAGAUGAUGGAAGCCAGAAUGGCUCAGCCAGCUCCUCCAGUUCUGACACAUCAGCAGGAGAGUCCAGUUCUUCCUCAGCUCUGCCCAGCUUCUGGAUCCCCAGCCUCACACCGGAGGCCAAGCCCACCAUGCUUAAAAAACCUUCAAAGACAGUGUUGUGCCCUAUGUCAGGACGUCCUUUGAAGAUGAGUGAUUUAAUUUCAGUGCGCUUCACUCCAUUGGACCCCAGUCUGGACAGAGUGGCUCUCCUCACACGCCAAGACAGAUACGUGUGUGCAGUAACCAAAGACACGCUUGGGAACUCGGUGCCCAGUGCAGUUCUCAGACCCUCUGGAGCCGUAGUCACUAUGGAGUGUGUGGAGAAGCUCAUACGGAAAGACAUGAUUGAUCCAGUGACUGGAGACAAACUGAAAGAGAAGGACAUCAUACCCCUUCAGAGGGGUGGGACUGGCUUUGCGGGCUCAGGAGUGGAUCUUAAAGCUAAAGAGGCCAGACCUGUUAUGCAAGCAUAAAUGGAGAAGAUUGGACAAGGCUUUGACCCUGUAAAUAUUGUCAUUCAUUUUGAGUGUAAUUUGAGUGAAUGUUGAUGUUUCUUUUUGCCCCUAAAGAUACUAUCAUGUUAUGUUUACACAAUAUACAGCAUUUCUUUUAAAUAAAUAAUUCAUUUUACACA